GAGCAGUGCUGAGCCUGCAUACCACUGCUGCUGACGACUGCUCUGAUCCCACACACACACAAAGGCACACUCUCACACUCUCACACGUCACACACACAUCAUCACACCACGCUCACAGCACAGAGGCGCUUAAACUCAGCCCAGCGUUGGGAGAUGCAACCGACUGGCAGCCACUGACAACCUUCAGAGCUCAGUCGAUCCGGACACACUGUGCCUUCACCUCCAGAGAGGCCGACACACUCCUACAGCACAGAGGAAGAGCACUUGACAAAGAACACUCCAGUGACCUCCAGCAGUUGGACCGUACCUGAUCCCACAUCCUUCAAAGAAAAGGGAACCUGACUCUGGGACAGGAAGAAGGAGCUGAUCAUACCCCACCGCUGAAACACGACCCACUGGACGGAGAGAGACAGAGGGGCUGACUGUCGUCUGUGAUACCUGGGAGAGAGAGGCACGAUGCUGGCUAAAAUCCUUGAGGACAUGUGGGUGGAGCCCGAGGUGCUGCAGGCCCUCAGCGAGGAGCAGAAGAGGAUCCUCUUCUUGAAGAUGAGAGAGGAGCAGGUACGCCGCUGGAGAGUACGGGAGGAGACGGAGGAGAGGGAAGGAAGAGACUACGACAGCAACAGGCCGAAGAAAGCUGACAUUAAACACGUGAAGUGGCUGCUGGGUCGGGACGGAGACGUGAGUGUCAGCGUGUUUGGAGAGGUGGACGAGCUCAGGUCCUCCAAACUCCUCCAGAGCCUCAUGAACAACAGAGUCCACGGUGAUAGUAUGAAUGGCAUCCAGACAGUGGACUUGCUGCCAGGAAGAGAGGCCCAGCGGCUGGGCUUUAAAGAAGACAUCCAGCUGUCCCUCACAGAUGUUAGCCGUGACCCAGCCUCACCGCACGACCAGUGGUCGGAGGAGGACUCCUGCAGUGCUGACGACGACCUCAAGGACCCCGCCGAGGACAGCGACAGUGAGUCAGGCAACAGCUCGGACAACUUCGGCGACUGGAGUCCUCACAGGACCCCUUUUAGUGGCCAUGACAACCGACCGCCGCUCAAAGCCCAGCUGUCAAACACAGAGAGGGACAGAGAGAUGGUGUGUCGUGAAGAGAAAAGGUCUGACUGUGGAGGCCGCGUGGCGCAGCUCAGGAAGGCCUUCGCAGGUGAUCCUUGCAGCACGUCGUCCUACACCAAACCUCCUCUACCUGCCAAACCUGCUCACCUGCAGAAAAGAAGCACAGCAUUGGCUUACUAAGACUGAUGGUGUGUGCAGCCUGCAAGGAGAUGACGCUGUAACCCCACAGAGGCAGAGCCUGCUGUGCUGAGAAAAUAAUGACUCAGUUAGACACUGAUGGACCAGGCCGAGGCCACAUUCACUGGAAGAAAAGGAUCCUUACUUGAACCUGAGCGCUGAACUGAGAUACACUUUGUUAGGCCUCCAUUCACGAAGCGACCUGCAGACAGAGAAACGUCUGAAGGGGUGGAGUGAGAGAAAGACUUGAAAGCUUUUCAACCGAAGUCAACCUGAAUGAGAAAAUGAAGCAGCUUUGAUGUUGCCGAGUUCAAAUACGCUCACAUAGUUAGUGUGGUAUACAGGCAGACACAGAAAGAGAUGUCCAGAGGCACACACACACACACACACACACACACACACAUACACAGACUAUUGACUACAGGUAGAAAAACACUGUGGUGUAGUUUAUAAAUAAGUGUUAAUUAAGUUUUAUUAUUCAGAAGUCAUAAGCAGAGGUUUUUGGGAAUGGAAACAUGUAUUUGAUAAAAGUCCUUUUGUGCUAUUCAAAAAGCUUUAAACUGUUUUAUAUGUCUUCCAUGUAACUUCUGUCAUGUGAUAUUUUAACACCACUGACUUUCACCAGCGUUGACAACAUCUUCAUCCGGUAUAUCAAUCACAAUGGUGGAGGGGUUUAAAAUAAAAGGACUCAAUGCAUUGUAAAUAAUAAACAGACUGUAACUAUCUAGUGCCUUUA